UGUUAUGUUCUGUUUAGUUUCGGUUUCAAGUCGCACAAAAUACAGUUCCACGAAAUUUGUGGUAAAAUAUUUGAUGUUAGUGCGAUCUGAUGGGCAACAGUCCCAGUAAUAGCGACGACGAAGACGACAAGGAACUUAGAGAAAUGGAUGGAAAUAGCUCUGAUGGUGAUGAUGCAGAUGAUAACAGUAGCCUUAAUCUGACAGAUUUGUCAGGAUUAUUUAAUCACACGAGCCUCCGUACACUGGCUGCCAACAUCAAGGAGGAGGUUCCAGAGAAUGUGCUACAGCAGUACAGAUUUCAGAUUUUACGAUGGCUGGAGGACAGGGAAAACAAACUUGAGGAAACUUUGACGAUAUCUCAGUUUUGUGAUUGGCUGCAGAACAAGGGAGUGUCUAGAGAGGAGGCAGCCAGAACUUUCCAGCAGUUUGACACUGAUGGCAGUGGAGUGGUGGAGGUCAAUACCAUGCUGACCAUCGUAAAGUCCAUGAAUGGUCAGAAUGUGAUGGGAGAACUAGGGAGGAGUAUCAGGAUGCUUCAGGCAUGCUCACUCACCCCAGGGUUUGUUGAUGUGUAUGCAAGAGACCAUGAUGCUGUACAACAACAUGCAGAAAAAAUACUGAAGUAUCUUAUACGAAACAGAUCACCUAGUCUUAGUUUACCUUUCCCUUAUUUGAAUGGUUUCAACAACACUGCAAGCAUGAGGAACUUGGUACUGAAGUCCAUCUUCCAACAAAUGAAAGACAAAGGUUAUGGUCAUGGUCAGGGGACCCUGGAGACCGGGGAGGAGGUCAGGACCAUCAACCCAUGCUACAGUAACAUAGAGGUCUCCUCCAACACUUCAGAUGCCUACAGGUUAACAAAUGGAGAUCCCAACACGUUUUGGCAGUCUGAUGGCUCAGCGAGGUCCCACUGGAUUAGACUGCAUAUAAAAAACAAUGUAGUGAUAAAGAAUCUGAGUGUCACAGUGGCUUCUUCAGAUUCUAGCUACAUGCCAGAGCUCAUUUCUGUCUCGGCUGGGAAGAAUUUCCGUACACUUCGGUCCAUAAAGGAGGUAACCAUUCCAAGUUACAUUACGGGUGAUGUUACACUGCUACAGAACACAAAGCACUAUUAUCCAAUUAUCCAGAUAAACAUCAAGAGAUGUAGAAAUGAUGGCUGUGAUACAAGAAUCCACGGAAUCAAAACUGUUGGUUAUAAAGUGAUAAAAGAGGCAGGUAUUAGUGUAGCCGAUGCUUCUGCCAUGUGGUAUCUACAAGUGUUAGCCACCACCGUAACCAUGACGAUACCUCUGGCUCCACAUUUAAGGACAGGCAUUCUGGAUCACACAAAGAAAGCCUUAGGUCAUAUCCCUCCCUUGUCUCUGUGUCCAGUCAGUGGAGAUAGACCUAAAUUCCUCACCAAGCAUGUGUUACAGGAGGUGGAGAAGUUUGUUACUGAUAUUGCCUUAUAUGAAGGAGAGGUCCUCACUGAAGGUUUGCAGGUUUUAUUGUCAUUUAACCUGGCCAGAGGAAAUGUGGGAGCUCUAUUGCGCACAGUCAAGCUGCUCCAAGAAAAUCCUGAGGUUUCCCUGCCAUGUGCAGAUUUGCUAAGGCAGAUGCAGCAGGCAAGAGAUGCAUGCUGGGAAAAGACUGGUCACCAGUUAACCUUGACCUUAAGUGGUUCAGAUGGAGGACAGAGUGAUGAGAACACAGGACCAGAAAAUGUCCUCAACCAUUCCUGGACGAUGCCUGUUCAGUCCUCAUACUUAACAAGUGAUGGCAAUACCAAAGUCAACAUGGUCUUCAAAUCCACUGAAACCAUACAACUGUCUAAACUGCGAAUACGAGUUACAUCUGGUGGAAAAGGAGCAAGACGAGGGAUGGUGUUUGUAUUCAAAGAUGAUGGUUCAAAGUUUGAGAUGGCCAAGCUAACAGAGCGAUUUAAAUCGUACGAUUCCUGGGGAAGACAAGAGUAUGAUUACAGUGUACAGGUUCGAAAUACUGGUUUGGCUGGAAAAGAAGAUGACCCAGUAGCAUUUUUCUCUUUUGAGGAUGACUGUGAUGAGCUGGAUGUACCUGUUAGCUGGCAUCCCACGGGAGAGUAUGUGUUGGUCAAGUUUGUGGACACCAGACAGGAAGCCACAAAGAUGGGCAUUGUUGGAAUAAAGUUUUAUGGCUUCAAUCGCAAACUGAUUUUGACUGGAGAAGAAUCUAGGACUUAUCCACUUUUACAAGAGAAGAAAUCUGAUUGUAGCAGUCUAGAAAUAAUCCAGACUACUUUACAGUUUCUGAUUGAUCUGUCACAGGACCAGGCAACAAAACUGAAGCAUGGGAUUACUGGAGGGAAGACAGAGUAUCUAGAGUUCUCUGACACUCCACUGGAGGUCAUAUGGAGCUUGUACAGAGCAUUCAAUGAGACAGAGAAAUGGCAGUCGUGUGCCCUGCUGACCCUGAAGCUCCUUCAUUGUCUCCUGCCUGUCUUUACCACCAUGACAGAGGAACGCAAGAAUUCCUCAGCAGAAUUUUUUGACCAUAUAUGUAACUUAAUCGAUAAACCAGAAAAUAAAGAACAAUCAUCAACAUUGUAUGAAUUGUGUCGUCAUUUGAUCAUCGAUGGUGCUGCAGUAUUUUUCCCAGAUAAGGAGGCAAGAAGAGAACAGUUGUUUACAAUGAUGCGGAAUGUGGAGAUCCUGUCCAAGGCGCCAUCUGUGAUGUUGGUCUUCCAGUCCCUGUGUCAAUUCUUUAGUUCCGUGGAUCCUAGUGGUCUACUGGAUUUACCCAAACCAAAUACUCAGAAUUAUGAUGUUGGCAAGGUGUUGAGAAUUAUGGAGACCAUGAUAUCAGUAUCUAGUCACGAGUUUACAUCCACACUCAAGACUGGGCAGAGUCAGGUUCAGAUCGAGCCCCUCCUACAGCUUGUGAGUGCUCUACAAACGAGUCUACUCAGCUGGUGCUGGGCUCAGAUUGUACCAGAGGAUGAUGGGAAGAAAGAACUCAGCAACAUGUGGAGGGAGAAUGCCCUUCAAGUGAUAUCCAAAUAUUCUGUAUUUGUGGCAAGGAAAGCAUCAGAAACUUGUAAAUUACUUCAGUCCUGUGAUAGCAAAUUUUCCUCAAUUGAACUGCUGGAAAAUUCAUUUCUAGGAAGCACUGUCCGGCAACUAGUGCUGAUCCUUAACUUCCUGUGUGACAGCUGCUGCUCAGACACCAGGAUUCAGCUCAUCAGGAGUUUCCAGUCCCUGUGUGAAGAUCUACAAUGUCUUUCAGAAAAAUUACCCAAAGUAUUCCCUCCAAUCAGUAGUGAACACUGGGCCAGUAUUCAGACCGAGGACAUCGUUCUCAGGACCUGGGAAGUUGAGUCCUCACAUAAUUACGAGAACAAUCAACACCAGACUCAGGUGUUUACCUGUCCAGGUGCUAACAAAUUUGUCGUGGAUUUUGAUCCAAGGUGUGAAACAGAGAGAAGGUAUGACUACCUUACCUUUAAUGAUGCCAAAGGAGUCCAGAUGAGAUUUGAUCAGAAAGUAGGAACCUCUAAAUGGCCGAAACAGGUCAAUUUCAGCGGGCCUCACCUACACUUCCUGUUCCACUCUGACAGCAGCAAUACAGAGUGGGGAUAUAAGUUCAAAGUGACCGCUCGAGGAAGUCCAGACAUCCCUUUAUCCUGGCCAUUUGACCUACAGCUCAGUCUGACUAAGCUGAUGGGGAGACUCUGUGGGGCAACUCUCAAAGCUAACCCUUUUGCUGUGACAGACCCUGUGUUAGGAGGCGUGUCCUCAGAACAGGAUGUCCUCAGGAGUGAGUUGUGGACGUCACUGUUCCGUGGGGGGUACAUGAUCGGGAGGUUAGAGAGAUCCCUGUCUGGAAAACUGGCCACAGCUGAUAGCAGUGUCUUAGAAUUCCUCUGGAAUAUCCUCAACAAAAAGGAGGGACUGCCAACUAAACUUAUUGAAAAAUGUAAGGAGCAACAGAAAGGAGUCUUGAUAGAGCGAGGGGAUACAGACGAAGCCAUCCUGGCUGUUUUUGCAGCCUUGGUGUGGCACACCCAGCAGUUAAGAGAGGAUCUCCAAAAAUUAGCCCAGAAUCCAGAACUGCCUCUGUCAGAGGGACUACUUUUAGCAUACUCCACAGCACAUUCCUUAAAGACUCAACUGUUGUCCCAAAAGCAGAAAUUGGCUGCAGAAAAAGAAGAGAAUGAAGAAAUACAGGAUCCAGCUUUGGCAUGUAAAGAGAAAGCUUUGUUCCUUCUGAAGUUUGCUGGAUUGACUAAAGUGCAAUUAAAGAAUGAGAUGCGUAAUAAAGCAUCUAAACAGUGGAAGAAACUGUUACACAGAAAAGACAAGCAAGGAAGGUUUGAUGCCUUAGAAAAAUACCCCUCUUUUCGACUUGUGAUAGACUUCGUACAGGACCCAGCUUGGAUCACUGAAAGAGUAAACAGUAUGUUACAACAGAGAUCCCAGCAUGCUCGGGCCGUGGCUGAGGUCUACUCCUUCUGUGUCCAGUUCCUGCAAAUUCACAACAAUCCAGACAUCUUCCAGAUUCCCAAUGUGUUGUUUUUCCAAGAGUUGCUAUGGUAUCAGGAUGGAUUCUGUAAGCACUACGCUGACAGCUUAGAUGGGUGUGGCCUACAGCAGGAAUCUGUGGUCAGGGAGUCAUUCUACUGUCUGAUCCGAAAACUUACUGACCCCUAUCAUCAAAAACGCAGGAUACAGAUGGAAAAAAGUGCAGUACCAGCGUAUGAAUACAUCCAGGCCUGUUUACUCCAUUUGAUGGAUGUAGAAUGGCAUCCCUAUGACCUGUCAUUUGUACAAGAGGUUAAUUUGCCAGCCCUCUAUCUAGGAAUUGCCAAAGAGACAGUUAAGAUGAGGGAGUGCACAUUUGGCCAGGAGGAGGAGAAAGAAGAACUCAUGGAGUACAAUAAAUUCAUGAAAUGGUUCAAUGAGUGCUCAGAGGGUUUUGACAAGUGGUAUGAGAAUGCCAAGAAAGACGAAUCGGACAAAGAAGAGAAGAAGGCUGUGCAGAUGUUUGUGGCCCGAUUCUGUGACCUCUUAGAGGUGGAGAUCACCUGUGAUGGGUGUAACGUGACCCUCCCAGGGCGGAGGUUCAGAUGUUUACAGUGUGUAGAUAUGGACCUGUGUGCUACAUGUUAUGCUGGGGGAGUUAAACCUGAAGGGGAGCACACUGAUGAUCAUGAUAUUGUACACCUAGUGUAUAAAUGUAAUAAGUGCCAAGCUUUUAUUGUGGGAACAAGAAUCCACUGUAAUGUCUGUGAUGAUUUUGAUCUGUGUUAUGGAUGUCAUGAGAAGGGAAACUUUCCUUCAGAGCAUAAUGCCUCUCAUGACAUCACCAAAUUUCCUCUAGUAAAAUUACGCACAUCUCAAGACUCAGAUUCGCUGAUCCAGGGCUACAUUCACCAGCAUGUUUGGCUCCUGUUUACGAUCCUCUCCAUGUCGGCGGGGGAGAUCAUGAUGUCAUCUCAUGUGGAUCUGGAUUACGUGAAGCUGGCAGCCCAGCUACAGAGUCAGUGUAUGCAGAUCAUCACUCACUGUCUCAAACAAGUCCCAGAUGAUGCUGAAGGCAAUGGUAAGGUUCUACAGCAGAGUGAUAAGAGCCUCCAGGCCAUAGAGAGCAGACAGAUGGAGGCCUUUGCCAUCCACACACAGGAGAGGAUUAUGGGAUUGCUCGGGGCCAUGAUUCCCAGGGAUAAUGUGGUCAUGUCUUCUGGAAAUUUUAACUUUACAACUCAAGAUUUCAUCCAGUUAUUGUUUAGGAUAGCAAGAGGGGAAAGUGGCCAUGAAGUGAACACUAGACAUCUAGCCAUGGGACUGCUGGGACCAUUGCUCAAUAGAUGUGAGACUCAAGUUGCUGACCAAGCUGUCAUUUCAAAAGAAGACAUGGAAGGAAAAUUUUCAGGACAACACUGCAUCAACUAUUUAUUUACCUUUGGAGCAGACUGUUUACAAAAGUGUGGUUUAGAGUGGGCAUGUUCAGUGUCCCGUAUAUUACAGAGCCUGUACAGCUCACCUGAGUGGAAGGCUGUCAUCCAUCACCAUCUCAAUGACUGUGUACAGAUGCUGACCAGUAAACCAGAUCUUCCCUCUAUAUUUGCUCUCUUUGUAAUGGCAGGAUUUCCUGAGGUGUUAACCAUAGGGACUCUGGUUAGCUUCACACAGUAUGCAGGUCUGGAGAGGAAGACAGGAGUGGUCCUCAAACAUUUCCCAGAUAAAAACCAGACUCUGGUCAUAGAAAUCAAGACCAGGAAAAGGCACACAAUAAUGGACAAGUAUGUGGACUGUGUGACGAGUAGUGAACAGAUCUGGGACUCCAUGUACAUCUCUGUCUUCUACAGAACAACCAAGACUAUCAUUGAGAGCAUCAGAGAAGACUCUGAAGUGACAGUGGAAACAGCCUGGGUUCUCUCCCUUUGUCUCAAGGUUCUUAGUAACAGUUUGAAGAAUUCCAACCAAGCAGUCAUACCGGAGCUAUACCAGUCCAGCUUUAUACAGUGUCUGGUGUUCAUAGCCAGCAAAGGGACGGAAUUCAGUCAACAGUGGCUUCUAAAAGACCUGGAAGUUUUAUCCCUUAUGCUGUACACUAAUCAGGGUGGUUCCGCGACCCCAGGUAUUAAGACCCAGAGUCUGUCUCUCUCUGAGAGGUUGGCGGCGGCCCUGGAAAAACGGUCACAGUCCAGGGGUGCCACUUACAGUGGAUUGUUGGAUGAUGAAUCAGAUGAUAUCUUCAUGUCAUCUUCAUCUUCAUCUGAAUCCUCGACUGAUUCUGAUGACGAGGAUUCUGAUGAUGUCACAGUGACCUCAGGGGCCUUAAAGAAGGGAGAAACCGACAUCAACAAGGUGUUUGAGGAUAUUGAUGAGAAGACCAGGGUUAUGUUUGAGACACUGCACAAUGAUCUGAAGUUGCCUUUAGAUGUCCUGAGAGCCAUUUAUGAAAUGAAUGACAAGAGUCCUGAUGAUGUAGUUAAAGCCAUAGUAGAAAACUUGGAGACUUCCCCAGUAACUGCCAAAGAAGAUCUUAAGAGACUCAGCGAAAAAUGGCAAUCAAUAGCACAUGCCAAGAGCCCUGAGGCUGCCAUUGAAACUGCUGCCUCUGAUAAAGUUAUAGACACUGGUAUACAUUAUCAUCCAGCUCUCAAUCAAGUCAACAGAGUGUUGGAGAAGGCUACAGCUGAGGAUCACAUAGAAUCCCAGAAACUGAUCCCAACUCCCGACAACGACGCAGACAGUGACAUGCAGAAGAAGGAACGCAGCAAGAGCAGUGAACUCCUGAAACAGGAACUGGAAAAACACGGCCGAACGUGCUGUCGGGACUACAUCCUAAAAGUGAACCUGGCCAUGUCUGUCCUGUAUGCUCGGCAGGUGCUGGCCAGUCUGCUAGCUCAGUGGCCGGAGCAGCAGGGUCCGGUCAUUACAGCAGAGUUACUGGGAUGUAAGGAUCCCCAGCAGAUCCCCUGUGUGUUAGAUCUACUGAACAAAACAGAAAGUAGGAGCAGAUUCCAGUGUGUUGUGGAGAAGAUAAUUUUAUACUGUGAGCCAAACAGCCUGAUCCCCAUAGCUAAGACUGCUGGUCAGUUUAUGGAGGAGGUCACUUUGUCUUCAGUACUUAAGGAGAGUGACCACCAUUACAAGGAAUCGUCCGCCUGUAAAGACACCAUACGAUUACCAGGGGCCUCUUGUCUCAGGAUUUCAUUUGAUGGACGAUGUUCAUUGAAAGAGGGAGAUAAGAUAGUCUUUUCAACUUCUUCAAAUCUUCAGCAAAAUACACACGAGUUCACAGGAAGUGCUGGGGCCAACUGGACAAGUUUCCAAGUACCAGGUGACGUGGUGUACUUUGAGUUUACGGUGAAUUCUGGAGGAGGCAACACAUCAUGGGGAUACAAAUUUACAGUAACAGCGGGAACCAGGGAUAGUUUCCAGACAGGAUAUGUUAUCCUCAGCAAUGUCCUAUCCACUGAUCUCGCUCUAAAUCUCCAUAUCAGUGAACUGUGGUUAAUACUGGUGUAUGUUGCCACCAAGCAAACGGGAGAACAGAGAUUGAAGGCUAUUCAGCUCUUGUUGAAGAUUCUAGAAACACAAAACAGGUGCCCCCGUGUUGGUAAGCUGAAGUUAGACCUGAGCUGUCUGAAGCCACUGUGGCAGCUGUAUGACAGCUCGUCUAAAGAGCAGGUGGACAGCGGUGCCGUGGUGCCUCCUGUGAUACGAGCUCUGACAGAACUCUUCCUUCAGGUGGAGGCUACUGCAAUGAACUGGGGAAUGACUCAGGAGUAUCUUUUAGCGAUACAGGAUGUUGAUGAAUUGAAACUAGCUGUCCGCCAGGGCAUAAUGAAUGUUGCUGCUGUCAGCACUAUGAUAGGCUACAACAAUGUAGCUACAGAACUCAUUGCCUUAGUCAAGAAAAAGAAAAUGGCAGAAAAAUAGAUUUGAGCAUUAAUUGAUUCAUUAGUCCAGAUUAUAAUUUAGUUAUUGCAAACUUUUUUAAAAAUCUGUAUGUAUAUGUGUACUUCCAAGUGAAGAAGCUGUUGCGGUUUGUAAUGUAGGUUUAUCUGUGUAAUAAUUUUGAUACAUAUCUGUCUCUUAUAUUGGUUGAAUCAGUGAUAAAUGUGUUGGUGUGGAAAUGACAAAGUGUGUAUUUAUAGUGUAUGUGUGCCAAUAGCUGGAGAAGUUAUACAAUCAUGGACUGUCUUUCUGACAAAAAUUAGAGAAGAAAAACAAUGUUUAUAGUCAUAUAGAAAAUUUUCACCACAAAAUGAUACACAUUUAUGCAUGUUUUCAAUGUGUUUAUUAUAUAUGGCUAUAUUACUCCACGGAAAAUAAUUAAAGGAGUAGGAUGUUGUUUUAUCGAGAUUGCAUGGUUAUUGUUGCUGGGUAUUUGUUUCAUUAAGUUCUACUAUUUAAGGCUAGAAUUUUAACCAACAUCAAGAACAAAAAAAAUAAUCACUUUAAAAUUAAAAAGAGAUGUGAUUUAUCAAUCAGGCUAAGGACAGUGUUACUAGAUACAUGUUUAAAACAUGGCUGCUGAAGUGAGAACAGUGGCCAUUUUAUUUGCCACUUUUAAACAUUGCAAGUCUUUAUAAGACUGCGGAACAUUAACUGGCAAGAUUGGAAAUAUGCAGCUUACGUCAUUUCUCUCUGUUACAAUCAAAACAUUUAAUGAUAGACAAUGAAAUGGGCGGGUACAAUUUCGAUGUGGACAUGGGGAAAACAUUGGAUUGAAAUUCGAGUUUGAAAUUCAUUUUCAAUCCACCUGAGCUACGCUAGAACGGAAAGGCACAUUAUUACUGAUUGACCCAGAAGACAAUUCCAAUUUUGGUAUAGUUUGAAAAUAAUAUAUAAAUCAGAAUUUUCUGUCCACCGUUUUAAAACAAUAUAUGAAUGGACAGAUAUUUGAUUUCUGUUUGGUAUAAUUUUGUAU